UCUUCUGCCAUCCACGCGCCCGCGGCACCCGUCCCGCCCGCAAUCUUCAGUAUCCCCUUUCCCAGGCUUGCCAGGGGAAAGCAACAUGAUGCUGUGGCAGUCGGUGGACUGGCAGUCUGGCGGUACAAGAAUCUGGGGAAACGCGCCGGGCAGGGUCAAGGACUCGAGGAUAGAGCAUAGACUCGAGGAUACGCCCGCCAGUCACAGGGACUCCCCCGCAUGCCCUGCCCGGCACUGCUAUUGCACACUCUCAGACUUUCUUGGUCGGCCUUGAACAAGCUCUCUGCUACUGGCUCGCCCUGGCCCAGCCCUCCAGGCGGCCAGGACACCACCUUCUGCUUUUUGACAGGCACCGCUGUCUCAUUGGUGGCUGCCGCCAGGGAGAAAUAUCAACUAGCUCGAGCUAAGCAACCGCUUCCGCCCUCUUAUCGACCAGAGAACACCACCACCACAACCACCACCGCCCCCCAGCACCAAUGCAACGCUCCCGGCUCGCAGCUACCCUGCCACCCCAACCGCGGAUCAUGGGAGUCCCAUCUCCCCUCCAGCCUUCAGGGGCUGAGGGGCCUGCCUAUCCGCGUGCGGAGACGGAAUCACAAACAAGGUGACACCGAGGCAGCGAGGGCGGUGGGGGACUGACCUUUCAUCUCGAACUCGCCCGGGUCCCAUGCCAUGGUGCGCGAGCGAGCCCUCGAGACGUGUGACGCUCGGUACACCAACCCGUCAGGAGGGCCACACUCUUCUCCAAUCUCUCCAAUCUCUCCAGUUCCUCCAAUCUCAACCUCACCGUGGCCCACCCGUAAGGCACGUCUACCAAGAUAGUCCACCUACCUACCUACUGGGCUACUGUCUAUCCACAAGCUGCUAGGCGCGGUGGGGACGAGUGACCACGGACCGCAGGCCGUGUACAUGGCAACAGGUUGUACGGGAUAUCUGCCCUGCCUGUCCGUCUCUUGAUUAUCAUAAGAACAGCCUGCCAUCCCGCGUCGUGGUUACCUCCUUCUCCGACCCCACCCCAGCGACGCUCUUCUAGCUCUGUCACCUCAAAAGCUUGGCCUCCUUGGUCACACAGGGUGCCACCUGAGCCAUAUCCGACUGGGCGAACUGGGCAGUUUGGCCAAAUUUCACUUGUUCGUUGCUCUGCAUCGCCGCACAGCCUCUCUCUGCUGUCUCGGCCUCUCGAGACACCAUGGCCCAACCCAUCUUCAGGGACCGCAAUGGGCAGCGUAGGGGUGUCUUCAGCAUCUUCGCCAUACUCUCGGUCCUUGCUCUGCUUCUACUCUCCAUCUCUGUGCUGAGCAGCAACCAGCAGCCACGCCGUCCUGCCUCCAGCUUUGAGGACCUUGGCCAUGUCGACCUUGAUGACGCCGACGAGGUCAAGAAAUUACUCACUUCCAAGGUCAGGGCCUCGGCUGUAGGCGACCAGUACCUCAUCGGCGUGGGAAAGGCUGAUAUCACUGGACCUGUCGUUGAGGUGGAGUUUGCUGGAUAUGCCGACUUGGCCCAGAUCGGCACCGGCCUUCGCCAGCGCCUGUAUUCUCGUGCCUUUAUUGUCGGCGACGCCAGCAAGCCCAGCGACCGUUUCGUCUACCUCGUCUUGGACGUGGCGGCCGGUGACACAGCUCAGCGAUUUGCAAUCCUCGAGCGCCUCGCUGCUCUCGGCAGCGAGUACUCCGUCUACGGCCGGACCAACAUUGCCGUGACUGGAACUCAUUCGCACAAUGGGCCGGGAGCUUGGUGGAAUUACCUGCUUCCUCAGAUCACCAGUGCCGGCUUCGAUGCCCAGUCUCUGAAUGCCAUUGCUGAUGGCGCCGUCCUCUCAAUCAAGAGAGCCCAUGAGAGCCUCACCUUGGGCUACCUGGACGUCGGGAAUGUCAAUAUCACAGACGGAAAUGCUUCACGAAGUCCAUCUGCCUACAACAACAACCCGGCCGCAGAACGGGCCCUCUACAACAGCCCCACCGACACUACGCUGACCAUGCUCCGCUUCCAGCGUGCCUCAGACGGCCUCAACAUGGGUGUUCUCACCUGGUAUCCUGUCCACGGAACCUCCAUGUAUGGCAAUAACACCCACGUUGCUGGGGAUAACAAGGGCGUGGCAGCCUACCUGCUCGAGCAGGCCGUGCAAUCUGGUGGCACCGCAGCUGACGGGUUCGUCGCUGGCUUCUCCCAGGCCAAUGUCGGAGAUACUACGCCAAAUGUGUUGGGGGCUUUCUGCGACGACGGCUCAGGCCAGAUGUGCAGCUAUGAGAGCAGCACCUGCGCAGAUGGCAAGUCCCAGUCGUGCCAUGGACGUGGACCCAGGUUCGAAGCGCUCGAUCUCGGCGUGUCCUCCUGCUACGAGAUUGGCCGGCGUCAAUUCCAGGGAGCAAAAGACCUGUAUGAUUCGUUUGAUUCUCGGUCUACCCCUGUGGUCGGCACGACCGUCAAGUCGUUCCAUUUCUACCAGGAUAUGAGCACAUUCAGCUUCCAACUCCCCAACGGUACCGCUGCCAAGACCUGUCCUGCCGCGCUCGGUUACUCGUUCGCGGCCGGGACGACGGACUGGCCUGGCGCAUUCGACUUCGUCCAGGGUGACUCAGGUGCACCCAACAACCCGGUAUGGAGUGCCGUCGCCGGCCUGCUCAAAGCACCCGGUCCCGAGCAAGUGAAGUGCCAGGCGCCAAAGCCUGUCCUCCUGGACGUUGGCGAGCAGAACGACCCCUAUGCCUGGUCCCCAAACAUUGUGGACGUGCAGUCUUUCCGUGCAGGCCAACUCCACAUCAUUGUAUCGCCCUCCGAGGCAACAACCAUGGCCGGACGCCGCUGGCGCAACGCCGUCAAGACCGAGGCCGCCGCGACAUACUCGUCCAACACCGAGCCAGUGGUUGUGAUCGGAGGCCCGGCCAACACGUACGCUCACUAUGUCACUACCGAGGAAGAGUAUGCCAUUCAACGUUACGAGGGCGCCAGCACGCUGUAUGGGCCCAAUGAGCUGAACGCCUACAUCAACCUCACCCUCAGCAACCUGCACUACCUCGCGCCCACGUCCGCAGGCUCACCCGCCGCGGGGCCGUCACCCCCAGACAACCGUGCAAAGUCUUUUGACUUCAUCUCGGGCGUCGUCUACGACGGGGCACCGACCGGGAAGAAGUUCGGCGACGUUGUCACGCAGCCGGCGGCCUCGUAUGCCAGGGGCGCGGUCGUCAACACCACCUUUGUCGGCGCCAACCCACGCAACAACCUGCGGCUCGAGGGUACCUUCGCAGCGGUCGAGAAGCUAGGUUCGGACGGCUCCACGUGGACACAGGUCCGCAGCGACUAUGACUGGUUCCUUGUAUACACGUGGGAAAGGACCAAUGGCCUGCUGGGAUACUCGGAGGUUACUAUCAGUUGGGAGACGGAGGACUAUGCCCAGCCGGGGACGUACCGCGUGAGGUAUUAUGGUGACUCGAAGGAAAUUGGUGGCACGAUCACUGCGUUUGAUGGGGCCAGCAAUAAGUUUACUUUGACUUAGUAUUCAUUUGGUGUAUAUACAUAGCGAGGACCCAGUCUGAUGCUUAUCAUCAACUGUCACCAGUAUCCUAGAGAUGCAAGCAGGUUGAUGUAUGUUCUUUGGGAAUACAUAUUUGAACACUCCCAA